AACAUUGCUCAUCGGUUCGAAAAAGGAGCAGUCAAGAAGUGAAAGACCAUGAGUUACAGCUGUGGCAAGCGACGCUAUAAACCUAAAACACGGACCACAUAAAAUGGGGACUAUGUUUGCAAUUAUGGUCCCUGAACAGCUGUGACUGCCCUCAAGACACCUUUUCCCCCAAACCUGUGUCUUUGUAAUCCUAUUGGCCAUCCAUCUCCUGUGAUCAUUUUUCUUAUUUUGAGCCCUAAUCUCUUUUGUUUCCCACCUUGCUCAAAACAAAUCCAGUUUUUACUCCAAAAUGGCUUGCAGUUUCAGCUUAACUUGUGCUUUUCCACCCUCCUUUCUCAUCCUUUCUCUUCCUAUUUGUCUCCUUCUCCAUGUACCUUCUUUUGUGAGGGGUGACUGCUGGCUAAUUGAGGGGGAUAAAGGCUAUGUGUGGCUGGCAAUCUGCAGUCAGAAUCAGCCUCCAUAUGAGACAAUCCCACAGCACAUUAAUAACACUGUCCAUGAUUUAAGGCUGAAUGAGAACAAGCUCAAAGCAAUCUUCUUCAUCUCCCUCAGCCGAUUCACCAACCUCACUGACCUCAACCUCACCAAGAAUGAAAUCUCCUAUAUUGAGGAUGGUGCGUUUGCGGGACAGGCCAAUCUACAAGUCUUGCAGUUGGGAUAUAACAAGCUAACCAACCUCACCGAGGGGAUGCUGCGAGGGCUAGGUCGAAUGCAGUGCCUGUAUCUGCAACAUAACCUUAUAGAGGUAAUUGCAACCAAUGCUUUCUGGGAGUGCCCAAGCCUUAGCAGUCUUGAUCUUUCCUCUAACAAAUUAGCAAAGCUGGAUUCAUCCACCUUCACCAUUUUGGGAGGACGGCUAAUAGUGUGCGAACUGGCUGGAAAUCCUUUCCAUUGUGGCUGUGACUUGUACGGCUUCCUUAUCUGGCUAGAGGCAUUUGACAAUGUCACUCACACAUAUGACAGGCUCCAGUGUGAGACCCCAAAAGAACUUUUUGGUUACCCUCUCCUGAGUCCUAGAGGUAAUCAAGGAAGAAAUGCUCGUUCUAUCCUAUCAUCCAUGUGUAAAGAUGGAGUUAUUGUUGGUGGCAUAACUGCCCUGCCUCCUGACUUAGACUCUUCUGGGAUGGGGAUAGAUAUUUAUGAUCAGAUGGGACCUUAUCACCAGCCCACAGCUUCCUCAACCACAGACCCCACAUACAGCCCCACCAUUAAGUUGCAAACAGUCUCCCUCUCUUCUGCAUCCCUCUUGGUUCAAAUACCCAAGCCCUACAGUAAGAUGUAUAUUCUAGUGCAGUACAAUCACACCUAUGUGUCAGAUGUCAUGAACUUAAAGAACAAGAAAGAGAUUGUCAGACUAAACAAUCUAAAGCCCCACACAAAUUAUACCUUUUGUGUUGCCUCCAUUCGCAAUUCCCAGCGAUACAAUCACACUUGUCUAUAUUUUGCAACUCGGGCUCCAGGGCCGGAUGACUUGCGAGCAGCCCCUUCUACCACCACCCAUUACAUUAUGACCAUUCUAGGCUGCCUGUUUGGGAUGGUCAUUGUGUUGGGCUUGGUGUACUACUGCUUACGUAGGCGUCGAAUGAAUGAGGUAAAGGAAAAGUCUAUUAGUGUUAAGAAAACUAUUUUAGAGAUGCGUUAUGGGCCAGAAGCAGCUGCUGCAGCAGCCAAGGAUCCUUCAACCUUGCAGAAACUCCAUGACCAGUCCCUUCAUCAACACCACCAUGGGAAGUUGUCCCAAUCAGCAUCCUCCAGCUUGGGUGUCCUUCAUAGUUCAGCCAACACCACCUCUUCUCGACUUUCUUCCCUUCCACAAGUGGAGAAGAUGGCUACAGCUUUCUCAGAGGCCAUGGUCACCAAUAAAGGCAAUUACAUGGAUGUAAGAACAUCAGCAGGAGGAGAGGACAGAGUAAGAGAUGGAGUUCUAACAGGGUCAGGGAAUGAAAUCACAAGGGAUGAAAAUAGGAUUAAUGGAGGAGAUGACUCUGAUGAUGAUGGCCAAGAUUCAACAUCGGAGAUCUCAACUAUUGCCAAGGAGGUGGACAAGGUAAAUCAGAUUAUCAAUAACUGCAUAGAUGCACUCAAACUAGACUCUGUAGCUGUUGUGGCAGCAGCUGCAGCCCCUGGAACUACAGUUGAUAACACUGACUCUCCACCACCUCCUAGUGUCCCUUCAUUAGCCAGGGGGCUAAUUCCACUUUCCCCUACCAUCACAGAGUCAUGCCAUAUUAUGACGUCCCCUAAAAUCCGUCCUCCACCCCCUGUUCCUCUUGUUUUGCCCCUUUCUGAGAGGCCCGGCAUCAGCGGAGGUGGGUUUCUCUCCCCUCCCUACAGGGACCCACCCCCAGCUACAGCAUCACGGCCGUUGCAAAGGCAACUCAGUGCAGAUGCUGCAGUUGUUCCUAUUAACUCUGUUAAAAAUCGUUGCAGCGUUUCUUCCGGGGGCUCUGUAAGAAGUGCUCGGGUCUUCAGUUUGGAUGUCCCAGACACACGUAGCACAGAGCCAUGCAAGUACCCUGAGAAAGGCAGCCCUGUUCGGUGCGGGGAGCCCCUGGAGAGGUUGCCCUUAAUAGGUGUUCAGGGAGUCAGUAAUGGCAGAGGAGAUGGUGGCAGUGGGGGUGGAGGGGGAGCCGGUGGUGGCAGUGGUGGUUCGGGUGGGGGUGGUGUUGUGGUCGGAGGCGGGGGCAGCACAGCUCAGCAGCACCACUUGCAGGUGCACCCAGACUACCACUGCUCAGAGCACCGACACUCCUUCCCCGCCCUCUACUAUGAGGGUGCCACUGACUCCCCUGCCCAGAAAGUCUCCUUUCUAAAGCCUCUCACUCGCACCAAGAAGGACACUGCCUAUUCACAGCUUUCUCCCCGCCACCACAAUUACUCAGGGUAUUCCUCUAGCCCUGAGUACUCCUCAGAGAGCUCUCUUAAAAUCUGGGAGCGCUUCCGACCAUACAAAAAAAGCCCCCGUGAAGAGGCCUACAUAGCCGCUGGCCAUGCUCUUCGAAAGAAAGUGCAGUUUGCAAAGGAUGAGGAUCUCCAUGACAUUCUGGAUUACUGGAAGGGGGUGUCAGCACAGCAGAAACUGUGAUGCUUGUUAGAGACAUGACAGCAGGAGGAGAGGUUGUGGAGAAAAGAACCGAUGACUCUUGAGACAGCUCGGCAGACUCCAUCAGCAGGUGCUUUGGUCCCUAUAGGCCACCACAGAGACAAGUGUUCUAAAAGAGACAAAAUUAAGCAGGUGUUCCAAGCUCAUUAAGUCAUAGAUAAGCAACCAACCAGAAAUGCAGAGGAAUGUGGCACUUAAAAAGGCAUACAGUUUCAGUUUAGAAUCCCUCCAUAUUACAUUGUAUACCACCUAUGCUGUAUUGCACUGUAGUUUGACAAGAUAAUAGUGUUAAAUGAGGAAUUUGUGGUUUUAUUUUAUAAAUGCCUGAAUAUAAUCUCUAGAGAUGGUGGUAACUGAUGCCUGUCAAGAUGAUUGUUUUACGAUAUUAAUUAGUAAGUAAUUAGUAAGUGAAUUUCCCUUGGCUGAAGCCACAGGUCAAAACAUGUAUAUCCUUUUCUCUCUCAUUCCCUAAUGUUUGCUCAAGCAAAGCAUAUUCAUUGAUUUGAGACACCUACACAAAUUUUACACAGCAUGUGUGGGACACAGUUAUCAAACCAGAGGCAGUCAUUUGGACAUGCUUUAUAUUCAAGCAGUGUGGCAAUUCGAUAAAACACACAAUGUUAAUUCCUUUUUGGCAUUCAUUUGUAGCACAGCCAGCCCAACACAUUUUUCCCUUCAUAUGUAGUCUUUUGACAGUUUUUAUUCUAAGAAUGGAAAGAGAUAAAUGAGGUUUUAGAAUGGAAGCUCUAUGUCUCAAUUUGAUUUUACAAGUGGCAGCUAGAUAUAGACCCAGUGCAGUAAUAGGCUGAAAUACACAAGGUUUACAGUUGUGUAUUAAAUAUGGAGGCAUGUUACACAAAGAGUUUGCUUUGUUUAGCCUGUUAGGAGGCAAAAUGCCAAAGCUUAAUCCAAAUGACACACUUUUCUAAAAAAAAAAAAAAAAAGAAAGAAAAAAAAAAGAUAUACUAAUUUGGAAUUCCAUGAUGUCUUAAACAUAUAAUUUCAUAAUUUCAAGGUCAACUUUUCAAUGACCUAUUAAGCUUAUCACAGACACAGAAAACCUUGAGCAGGCUUCAAAUGUGUAAAAUACGAUAUUUUAUUUCAUCAUUGAUUCCACAGAUUUAGAUACCAUAUUUGCGUUUCAAUGAUUACUCGGUCAGGUCUUCUUUCAUUGAAUAGUAUAGCAACUCUGCUGUUAUUUUUCCUUAUUGAUCUGACCUUCUGUUUCCUGUUAUAACCCACUUUCCUUGACCUAAUGUCAGCUGUGGUCAAACUAGGGAUGGUAUGCAACAAAUUCAAUUAUUUCCCAUCUCAUUUUUUAAGACCUUGUUAUUGUCCUUGCAUGGCUUUAUAGGGAAAAAUAAUUAGCAAUUUGCAGCAUAGGAGUCAAGAGGUCACAGAGGUGCUAAUAUUAUUAACACUGCCAGAUUGGAGAAGUGAUUGAAAUUAAUCUUGCGCUUUGCGGUCAGGUCAUCACCCAGAAUGCAUCCCUGGAGUUUUGCUGGUUCGCCCAUGGCAAUGAAAGGCAAGCUAAAGCUCUUCUUCUUUAGAGCAAUUUAUUGGCUUAAAAAAAUAUCCUCAAGCUCUUCAAAAUAGGCCUCUGGGUUUUUAAAUUUAAGGCAAGGGAAUUUUUUGAUGACAAACAUUAGUUUUUGUUAUUAACAGCAUAUGGUUCACAUCCGCUGGUUUUUCGCAGCAUUGACUGCAAACAUUAUUAGAAUUCAACCUGAACAUGGAAAUUGAUUUUCCUUUUACAGUCACAUUUGGCCAGCGUUGAAACUUAUGAACUCUCAGCAUGCAUCAAUAAUAUGUCACAUCAUCCUUCAAGGUUCAAAAUCAAUGCUUGGUAAUUGAGAAUUGACACGGUCAAGUCAAAAUACAGAGGUUUGCCUUUUGAGCCAUUUUACUAAAGCCUCUCAGGGGGGAUUCCAGAUCGCACUCAAUCACAGUCUAUGAACUCAAAGACAAGAUGAAUGUUUAGUAAAUCAGAAGCUAUAUCAAUUCUUCAGCUAAUGUUUUGUUUUUGUUGCGUAUGCCUGUAUAGAAUAGUGCAAGAAGAUAUGAAUAUCACUGACAAACGCAGACUCAUAGCUAGAGCUUGCAACAAAAUGACAAACCCACACAUGCAUAUAUUCCACCAUCAUUAACUUUCUUGAAAUCUCAUUUAUUCCUAUUUAAAUCUCCAAAAGUUGUUUUCCCCCCACUAUUUUUCUAAAUUCAGUUAGGAGAUGAGUUUUCUAAACAGCCUCAAGGCUUGCAUUAUUGCACUGUGGUUGGGAGAUAACAAGCUAAGACAAUUGGAGAGAAAUUAUUAUGCUCUUGGAAUGUUUUAAGUAUAAGUACAUUGUUGGCAUCUGGAAAUGACAGUUAUUUUGGAUUUGAUUUCCUGCUGAUAUGUUUUUGGAAACAUAUGUGUGUAUGGUCUUAAAGACAUACAGUGUUGAUCAGAUGGGACUAAUGGCUGACUGUGAAAACUGUGACAAACACAACCAACAAGAGAACAAUCUAUACUAACAAUGGUUGCACACAAUAUACUGUAUGUACAAGUAGUAUUAGAUUUCCAAUGGGUAUGUCCAGUGAAAAACAAAAUCGCUGUAUGUGUACACGUACAUACAAACACACACACACACAUAUAUACACAAAGGCAUAUGCAGACUCUACAAUCUACACUUACUGUAUACGUUUACAGACACAUAGUCUUAAAAGUGCCCUCUUGGCACUAAAACAAAGAGUGAAUUAUUUUAAAGGA